GGCGCGGAGAGCGAGGGGGCGGUGCCGACCGGGCCCAAUCCGCCGCGGGUAGCUACGGUGGCGGAAGAGGAGCUCGGUUCUCAGCGGCGGCCGCCGCCGGGGGCCCUUGGCACAGGCGGAGAUGAGCUCACAGCAGUUCCCGCGCUCCGGCGCGCCGCCCGCCGGCUUGGGAGCAGCCCCGCCGCCCGGUCCCACCAGCGGCUCCACCGGACUCCUCGCACCUCCCGCCACAGUGAGCGAUGAAUCGAGUCGUGACUCAGAAGUUGCUCCUAGAGAGCACAUUGGCUCUGGUGGCUCCAUACAACCUCGAGAGGAAAAGCAGGAACCAGUGGUGGUUCGGCCAUACCCACAGGUUCAGAUGUUGACCCAGCACCACCCAGUCCAGUCUGGUGCUCCAGUGACAGUGACAGCUCCACCAGCACAUUUGACUCCAGCUGUCCCACUUUCCUUUUCAGAUGGACUUAUGAAGCCUCCCUUGAAGCCCACCAUGCCGAGCCGGCCCAUUGCUCCUGCACCACCCUCUACUCUGUCAGCACCCACGAAGGUUCCUGGGCAAGUUACUGUGACCAUGGAAAGCAGCAUACCACAGGCUCCAACAAUUCCUGUGGCAACAAUCAGUGGGCAACAGGGGCAUCCUAGUAACUUGCAUCACAUCAUGGCUACCAACGUGCAGAUGUCAAUCAUCAGAAGCAGUGCUCCUGGGCCCCCGCUACACAUUGGAGCUUCUCACCUGCCCAGAGGUGCAGCAGCUGCUGCAGUGAUGUCCAGUUCCAAAGUCACCACAGUCCUGAGACCUGCUUCUCAGCUGCCCAACGCAGCCACUGCCCAGCCCGCCGUGCAGCACAUCAUCCACCAGCCCAUCCAGUCUCGUCCUCCUGUGACAACUUCAAGCACUAUUCCUCCAGCUGUGGUGGCUACUGUCUCAGCCACAAGAGCUCAGUCCCCUGUUAUAACUACAACAGCAGCACAUGCUACGGAGUCAACUCUCAGUCGGCCCACCCUGUCCAUCCAGCAGCACCCACCCUCUGCAGCCAUCAGCAUUCAGCGGCCUGCACAGCCCAGGGACACAGCUACUCGAAUCACGCUACCUUCCCACCCAGCCAUAGGAACACAGAAGUCACAGCUCCACACCAUGGCUCAGAAAACCAUUUUCAGUACUGGUACUCCAGUGGCAGCAGCAACAGUGGCACCUAUUUUGGCUACGAAUACGAUCGCUUCAGCAACCACAGCUGGUUCUGUCUCUCACACCCAAGCGCCUACAAGCACCAUUGUCACCAUGACAAUGCCUUCCCAUUCUUCCCAUGCUACAGCUGUCACAACCUCAAACAUCCCAGUUGCUAAAGUGGUUCCUCAGCAGAUCACACACACCUCUCCCCGGAUCCAGUCUGAUUACACAGCAGAGAGGAGUAAUCUCAUUCCCCUCUCCAGUCACCGGGCAUCCCCAAACCCUGUAGCAAUGGAAACCAGGAAUGACAACAGGCAGUCGGUGCCUGUCCAGUUCCAGUACUUCUUACCAACGUACCCACCCUCUGCCUACCCUCUGACAGCUCACACCUACACCCCCAUCACCAGCUCCGUGUCCACCAUCCGCCAGUACCCAGUCUCAGCCCAGGCGCCCAACUCGGCCAUCACGGCGCAGACAGGUGUUGGCGUGGCCUCCACUGUCCACCUCAACCCUAUGCAGCUGAUGACAGUGGAUGCCUCCCAUGCCCGCCACAUCCAGGGCAUCCAGCCAGCACCAAUCAGCGCCCAGGGCAUCCAGCCAGCACCAAUCAGCGCUCAGGGCAUCCAGCCAGCACCAAUCGGGACACAGGGACUCCACCCCGCGGCGCCAAUGGGGACACAGGGACUGCAGCCGGCACCAAUCGGCACUCAGCAGCCACAGGCUGACACCAAAACCUCGGUAGUCUUGGCAGAUGGAGCCACCAUUGUAGCCAAUCCUAUUAGCAAUACAUUCAACACGGGUUCUGCAGCAACUACAGUUGUGCAAACCCACAGCCAGAGUGCCAGUGCCAGCACCCCAGCCCAGGGCUCCUCCCCGCGCCCCAGCAUCCUCCGCAAGAAACCAACCACUGAUGGGCUGGCUGUCCGGAAAAGCUUAAUUCCACCUCAGCCACCUGAAGUAGCCAGUACGCGUGUGGAGAGUACGAUGCGAAGCACGUCUGGAUCACCAAGGCCUGCUGGUUCCAAACCAAAACCUGAAAUUCAUGUGUCCAUGGCCACACCGGUGACUAUGUCGAUGGAAGCAGUGUCUAACCAAGGUGGUGAGCAGCCCACCGUUGCAGUCCCCCCCACCUCCCAGCAGCCUCCCUCUGCCAUUCCAACCAUCAUUGCAGCAGCCAGUCCCACUUCACAGCCUGCAGCAGCUCUCUCCACCAUUCCAGGAGCUGUCCCAGCCGCUCCGCCAACUUCUACCACAAUUGUGGCCGCACCUGCCCCUCCAUCCACCAUGAGUGGGGCCCUGUCAGCAGUGCUGGGUCCUACAGUGCCAGAGAUAAAAAUCAAAGAGGAAGUGGAGCCUAUGGACAUAAUGCGACCAGUAUCUGCAGUCCCUCCACUGACUACAAGUACUGUGUCCCCAUCGUUGGCAUUGCUGGCCAACAACCUUUCAAUGCCUCCAAGUGAUUUGCCACCUGGUGCCUCCCCGAGGAAGAAACCCCGUAAGCAGCAGCACGUCAUCUCCACAGAGGAAGGGGACAUGAUGGAGACAAAUAGCACCGAUGAUGAGAAAUCCACUGCCAAAAGUUUGCUGGUGAAGGCAGAGAAGCGCAAGUCUCCCCCAAAGGAGUAUAUAGAUGAAGAAGGUGUGAGAUACGUCCCCGUGCGUCCACGGCCGCCCAUCACGUUGCUCCGUCACUACCGCAAUCCCUGGAAAGCUGCCUACCACCACUUCCAGAGAUACAGCGAUGUCCGGGUGAAAGAAGAGAAGAAGGCCAUGCUGCAGGAGAUUGCCAACCAGAAGGGUGUAUCCUGUCGUGCUCAAGGGUGGAAGGUCCAUCUCUGUGCAGCGCAGCUACUGCAGCUGACCAACCUGGAGCAUGAUGUGUACGAGAGACUCACAGCCCUGCAGGAGGGACUCAUCCCUAAAAAAAAGGCAGCGACUGAUGAUGAUUUGCACCGAAUCAAUGAGCUGAUACAGGGGAACAUGCAGAGGUGUAAACUGGUGAUGGAUCAAAUCAAUGAGGCUCGAGACUCCAUGCUGAAGGUCCUGGAUCACAAGGACCGUGUUUUGAAGCUUCUAAACAAGAAUGGAACUGUCAAGAAAGUAUCCAAAUUAAAGCGAAAGGAGAAGGUGUAAAUCCAGAAUGAUGACUGGAAGGGGAGAAUGUGAACAGAAUGGAGUUGAAACUUCUUGUAGUUUGGGUUUAUUUCUAAGCAGAGCAUCUGAAUAAAAAAGGAUGAGCUUAGGGAACUGUUAACAGCACCAUGGGCAUGUGAAGCCCAGUGACAUGAAGGGGUUGUCACUGAUCUCUCAUAAUGAACAAAGAUUUCUCUCAGGCUCAUCCGUUUUAAAGUCUUUCCAGUCCCAUUUGUUUAACCCUCCCAAUGUGUCAGUGCCUACUAAUUGGAACUAAUGAUGCAAUGUGUGGCAGACAGUGCUCUCAUUCUGUUCUGCAGCUUAGGGAUAAGGUGUGUAGACACCUGUAAGGCAGGAGGUUCUGCAGGACCACCAGGAGGCUGAUGUACAGGUAUCAACCUUGAGAGCAGCUGUGCUUCAAAGCACCAAAAAUGACACCACUUUCAGUUACCCCUUUUGGUUCUUGUUCUGACCCUCCAGCAUCUGCAGUAGCCUUCUUAAACCAGUGCCACUGCACCAGAUCUGCCAUGUUCAGAAUCUCUAAUGGCUCAGAAGUCCUAGCUGUCAAGGUAUAAAAAGGAGAAAAAAAAAAGGGAGGGGGAAAUAAUUUCAGUGAUGUUGUAGUGUCUGUGUGUGUGUCUAUGUUGGUGCUCUGGGAUCCUUGUUCUCAAGUACCUCCUGCAACAGAGGACUUCCUGUAGCUGGUGUAACGUUAAUUGUUAAUUACCACAUACAUCCUGAAUACAUUAAUAAAGGACUUGGAGGUUUUUGUAUGUGA